CAUCCUUCACUGUUGCUUUCAUCAACGUCCUAAGCAACGUGAUCCGAUGUCUCUCACAACCUAGCUAACGGAGGAUGUUAGGAUGACAUUGAUAAUUGUAUUUCCACCCUCAAUAUAUUUAUAUUACUUUAUUUUCUUUAAAUAGAUUUCAAAAAAAAAAAAAAAACUGGGAUUUCCUGUUUUGUUCUUUCUGAGAAUACCUUUUGGUACUGCAUUAGUGCAUUAGCAUUCUUUCUUUUCCUGUGUCUCAACUCUCAAGGCCCAAACCUACCGCCCAAGCAAAGCAAACACAAGAAGUUAUGGAUAACCAACCCUAUGAGCUUAUUCUUUCUACUUCCGCCUCUGCCAAGGAACCACCAACCCACCUCCUCCAUAACCCCAAUCUGAAUAGCUCACUGGAAACUUGGAAAGUCUAGACAUUCAGCAAUAGAGACUGCAGAAAGGAGAAGUUAUGAGUUAUUGCCCUAAAAACAACCUCUUAAAUCUACUCAGAAGAGGUUCCAAGUUUUUCCGAAAGGCCUCCAACUCUGCUGCUCCCACCGUAGCUCCCACUUCCACACCUGGACAAGCAUCCUCCUCUGCUGCUGCCAUUUCUUCGACUUCGGCCAUGGAUGAUCUCCAUAUCCUCAAAACAAGAUUGUGCAUCAUUGGAAGUGGCCCAGCUGCCCACACCGCUGCCAUAUAUGCAUCACGUGCAGAGUUGAAACCCAUCCUCUUUGAGGGGUGGAUGGCCAAUGGCAUUGCCCCUGGCGGUCAGCUCACCACGACCACUGACGUGGAGAACUUUCCAGGAUUUCCAAAUGGAAUUAAUGGCAUUGAGCUCAUGGACCACUGCUGCAAGCAGUCACUCCGCUUUGGCACUCAGAUUCUAACCGAGACUGUCAACAAGGUGGAUUUCUCCACCACCCCUUUCAAGGUCUUCACUGAUUCUAAGACUGUCAUUGCUGAUUCAAUCAUUGUGGCAACGGGUGCCAUCGCCAAGCGAUUAGACUUCCCAGGCUCUAGUGAGGGCCCAGGAGGGUUUUGGAACCGAGGGAUAUCAGCUUGUGCUGUGUGUGACGGUGCUGCACCCAUUUUCAGGAACAAGCUCUUGGCAGUAAUUGGAGGAGGCGAUUCAGCCAUGGAGGAGGCCACAUUCCUCACCAAGUAUGGGUCCAUUGUGUACAUCAUCCAUAGGAGAGAUACAUUUAGGGCUUCAAAAAUUAUGCAGCAGAGGGCCUUGACUAAUCCUAAGAUUCAAGUUCUAUGGAACUCAGCGGUCGUGGGGGCAUAUGGGGACGAAAACACUAAUAAUAGGGUCUUGGGGGGGUUGAAGGUGAAAAAUGUGCUGAGCGGGGAGGUUUCAGAUCUCAAGGUAUCGGGAUUGUUCUUUGCGAUAGGGCAUGAGCCAGCCACCAAGUUCUUGGAUGGUCAGCUGGAACUUGAUUCUGGUGGCUAUGUCACAAGGCCAGGGACCACCCUGACUAGUGUGCAUGGAGUUUUUGCUGCCGGAGAUGUCCAGGAUAAGAAGUAUAGGCAGGCCGUUACUGCUGCCGGAACUGGUUGCAUGGCAGCCUUGGAAGCCGAACAUUACUUGCAAGAGAUUGGAUCACAGGAGGGUAAAACUGAUUGAUGAGUACACGUCAGGGUGCAGCCUAAUGGUUGGAAGCUUGGGAUGAGUUGUAGAUCCAGACAUCCUAGGUUCAUCACCACUAGGUGAGUUUCCUUGGAUCACCUGAUACACGAUUUUGGCAGGUGGGAUUGUGUAUCCUUUUAAAAAAUUGUUCAAAAAAAAAAAAAGAUUGAUGAGCGAUAUUUAAUCAAGGGCAAAGAAUUGUCUCCAAAACAAUGACAUUUUACUAUGUCACUGUUGGAUGCAUUAGUAGAUUCCUACAUUGUGUUGUAUCUAUUUUCAGUUGUAAAUUUUUCUUGAUUGAUUGGCUUUGAUAAUCUAUAAAUCAUAAGCCUUAGCUUUUGCUC